UUAUAUUCUCAAAAAAAAAAAAAAAAAAAAAAACACCCAAACAUCCAUACCUGUUUCAAACCCAAUUCCAUUUGGUCUCUCUGCUCCUUCUCCAAUUCUUGAGAACAAAACCAACAAUUCCGGUCCGAUCUCUGGUGUCGUUUAAGGCGAUGCCAGAGGUCGGCAAUAUUGCCACCGGCAUACAACCUUCGCCGGCCAACAUUUUGUUUGGAAAAUAUGAGAUUGGAAAACUCCUUGGCUGUGGCGCUUUUGCAAAGGUCUACCAUGCCAGAGACGUAGUUACGGGCCAAAGCCAUGCUGUCAAAGUAUUCAAUAAACAAAAGAUUACUAACAACGCGAAUCUCAUGUCAAACAUCGAGCGCGAGAUUGAUAUCAUGCGCAGGCUUCGCCAUCCCAAUAUUGUUAGAUUGUAUGAAGUUUUAGCUACAAAAACAAAGAUUUAUUUUGUGAUGGAGCUUGUUAAAGGUGGUGAGUUAUUCGCAAAGGUGGCCAAGACUCGUCUUAGUGAAUCUCAAAGCCGGAAGUAUUUUCAGCAAUUGAUCUCAGCAAUUGGAUAUUGUCAUUCGCGUGGUGUAUAUCACCGAGAUCUUAAACCAGAGAAUCUAUUGAUUGACGAGAAUGGAAACUUGAAGGUUUCAGAUUUUGGUUUGAGUGCUCUUACAGGACAGAUACGGGAUGACGGUUUGUUACAUACAUUAUGUGGUACACCGGCUUAUGUUGCACCUGAGAUCCUCACAAAGAGAGGCUAUAAUGGAUCAAAGGCAGAUCUGUGGUCGUGUGGUGUCAUUUUGUUUGUAUUGACAGCAGGAUACCUACCAUUUAAUGAUCCAAAUCUCAUGAAUAUGUACAAAAAAAUAUACAGAGGUGAUUAUCAAUUUGCAAAAUGGAUGUCUUCGGAUCUCCGCAGACUAUUAGCCCGUCUCCUUGACACAAACCCCGCGACAAGGAUCACCAUUGACGAGAUCACAAGUAAUCCAUGGUUCAAGAAAGGAAGCAAAGGAACAAAAUUUUACGAGUGUGAGUGUGAGGAUGAAGAAUUCCUAGUGAAACCUGAACAGAAUGCUAACCCAACGCCAUUAAAUGCCUUUGACAUCAUCUCAUUUUCCUCUGGUUUGAACCUCUCACCUUUCUUUGAUAACACAUAUAACAUGCCACAUCGAGGAGAAAAACUAGUGGUGGCCAGAUCCCCAGAGGAAGUUAUUGACAAGAUUCAGGAGAGUGUGAAAGAGGAAAAUGUUUUGAUAAAGAAGCGAAAGGAUUGGGGUGUAGAGUUGGUAUGGCAAAACAGGAAAUUUGUGAUCGGGUUGGAGGUUUUCCGGUUGACGGAACAAGUAGUGGUGGUGGAAGUUCGGAGUAGAGGUGGAGGUGCAGAGUUGUAUGAUGAGUUUUGGAAGAACAGGAUCAAGCCAGGGCUGCUCGACCAAUGAAGGGAAGCUCAGGUAGCAGACAACUAGAGACUCGACGGCAGGAUGGUGUCCAACAUCUUUAUUUGUCAAUAUAACCUUGUAGAUUUCUUAUAACAUAAUAAACAUUUUUACUUAAUAAUA